GGUAGGUUCAGAGUUUCCAGAGAUAGGCAUUGUACUUUAGACCUAUCGCAUCACAACAUAUGCGAACGGAGGCGACGAGGGCACGGAUCCCUGCUUACACAGAUUGACUGGAGACACCAGCGCAUCUUGGCCAGCAGAACACAAAGACGCGUUGACUGUGGAUACGCUACGAUGCCAGCGUAAUUUGCAUCAUUUUCAAGCGCUCGUUUGGUUGUGUGACAUAUCUGCAUUUUGAGACAUUUUCAUCAACUAGUUGCCGUGUCCAGCACUACCCGCUUCAAGUUUGUUUCUGCAGAAAAGCCAAACCAGGUCUAAGUGCACCCGGCUAUAGGUUACCUCUUUUCGGAGCCAGGUGCUGAAAUCUACUUUUUUUUUUUUUACGCCACUGUUUUCUCCGGAUCCAACAAGGGAGUGUUUCUUUCUCCACCAGUGACAUAACGCAGCCACUAUUCAUUCUUUUCUGCGUUUUGGACGGUAAACCUUCAUUGCGCAUGCAGGAAGAAAUCUUUGGUGACACGGAAUCGACAAGCGUCUCCACGCACAUUGACCGAAAGGAGCCCCGGGCGAAUGACAAGGCUAAUAAGCCGGCCAUUGCUUGGCCUGUAUUGCUGAAUUGUUGUGUGUGAGCCCCUUUAACGGAGUUUUAACCCAGCCAAAGCGAUGGUACACUGCGCCGGGUGCGAAAGGCCUAUCUUGGACCGCUUUUUGCUCAAUGUGCUGGACCGAGCCUGGCACGUCAAGUGCGUCCAGUGCUGCGAGUGCAAAUGCAAUUUGACGGAGAAAUGUUUUUCUCGAGAUGGGAGACUGUACUGCAAAAAUGACUUCUUUGGGCGGUUCGGCACCAAGUGUGGAGGCUGUUCGCAGGGCAUCUCUCCAAAUGACUUGGUCCGGAGGGCUCGAAACAAAGUGUUCCAUCUCAACUGCUUCACAUGCAUGAUGUGCAAUAAGCAGCUCUCGACCGGAGAAGAGCUCUACAUCAUAGAUGAAAGCAAAUUCGUUUGCAAAGACGAUUACAUGAGCAACGGCAUUGUAAAAGACACAAACCUCCUUUCAGUAACGGUGUGCAGCGACCCGAGUUUAUCCCCGGACUCACAAGACACCCCCCAGGACGACGUGGUUCUUAAGGACACAGAGAUUGCUGCCCUCUCGGAUAAGGAAACUGUAAACAACGAGAACGACGACCAGAAUCUGGGUGGCAAGAGACGAGGCCCACGGACAACAAUAAAGGCUAAACAGCUGGAGACGCUAAAGGCAGCUUUUGCUGCGACACCCAAACCCACCAGACACAUCAGGGAGCAACUGGCACAGGAGACUGGCCUCAACAUGAGGGUUAUUCAGGUCUGGUUCCAGAAUCGCCGUUCCAAAGAGAGGCGUAUGAAGCAGUUGAGCGCACUGGGAGCCCGCAGGCAUGCAUUUUUCAGGAGUCCAAGGCGGAUGAGAACGCUGGUUGACCGCCUGGAACCAGGAGAGCUCAUCCCGAAUGGACCUUUCUCUUAUUAUGGAGAUUAUCAAAGCGAAUAUUAUGGUCCAGGAGGAAACUAUGACUUCUUUCCUCAGGGGCCACCUUCAUCACAGGCCCAGACCCCAGUUGAUCUCCCCUUUGUGCCCUCUUCAGGCCCCACAGGCACACCCCUCGGUGGUAUGGACCACCCCCUACCAGGGCACCAUCCAUCCAGUGAAGUGCAGCGCUUCUCUGAUAUUAUGACCCACCAUCCUGGGGACUCUCCAAGCCCAGAGCCUGGCAUCCCAGGAACUCUCCAUAAUAUCUCCACUGAGGUGUUUGGCCCGAUCCCACCAUUUACCUCACUGUCUCUGAAUAGCAGCGGAUACAACAACCAUUUGUCACAUCCACCCUUGGAAAUGAACAAAGCCACUGUGUGGUAGCUCAUUGGGAGACUGGACUCUUGAAGACGGAAAAUUACUAACUGGAGUUCAUUUUGCUGUGGGCUGGAUUGAGGCAUGAAUAUCAACAGGGUUAGGGGAAUACUACAAAACAUUUUUGUAUAAUUUCCUAUUUAUUAUUUUUUAAUAAGAAACUAACCCAAAACAGAACUUGUUUGAACUGACAGCCUCCAUAGUUCUUUGUGCAUAUGAGGGAAUUACCACUGCUUGUCAGUAGCUUGGCAUGACAAAACAAUCAUCACUGCUAUAAGAAAAUCAAGUUUCACGAUCUCUUAUAUGUCCAGACCACGGAAAAUAUCAUUACCGCCCGUUAUAGACAUCAGGAGCUUUACAGACAGAUAAUAACCUGGUUAAAGGUUGUUUGUGCACUAACUGACUCGUAGGCUGGCUGAGCAGUACUCAAUGUUUCAGGCAUUAGACAUACUCUUUGUGUUUAGUCGAAUGUUCCACAAAACCCUUCGCCUCACUCAGUCCUGCCAUAUUGACUCUUCACACCAUGUUUCUUCAAAAGAAAAGAAUACACUCCUCCAUGUAGACUUCAUGUAAAGGUUUGCUUUCAGAAUUCCCACCAAAUCUGGGGAAAGCUGCCUUAAAAAGGCCAAAAUAAAACAUCCUCUGUGGAUUUCCAACCCUUUAUUUAAAACGGAAGUGGACUUGAUUUGCUAAACUUUUUAAGUCUGUUUUGUAAAAAUCCUCACUUCGGGUUCUUAAAGGGACUUGAAACAGUCAACUGUUUACGUAAUCAAUUUAAAGUUCAGGAGUUCAGAAAUCUAUGUUUUAGAAUCCUGUCCAUGUAAAUGUACCGAGCAACCAACCAAAUUUUUGUACUGAGUUAACUUAUACUGUAUGGGGAAAAUACAUUUUCUUCAGGUUGUGGUUCACUGUGCUAGUUUGUACAAAAUGUUGUUUACAGAAGAUCGUUUUUAAAAAAUGAACCAAACAUAAGUAGUUGCCAAAUAAGAAAAUAACUCCUGUUAAAUCAUCACUUCAGAGUGUAGGAAUGUGUUAAGACAAGAUAUACCUUCAUUAUGAAUUUUCUGAACUGUUGAAACAUUCAUAAAAAUGUUAAUAUGACAUUCAUA